CAAACAAACAUUCUUCUUGUUGCUAAUCAUCGAAUCAGUCUGUGAUCGGUUGUAAUUCUAUUCGAAUGUUUUUGUUUGUAAUGUGCAUGUGAAUUUUGCGUUUUUUUUCAUAUAAAUUGUAUCAACAACAUUAAAAAAAUAUAUAAAAAAUUCUAUUCAGCUGUGAUGGACGGCAUUAUUCUUUUUAUAACAAGUCUAGAUAAAAUAAAAUAAACCAAAAGAACACGUUGCAAACAACUAAUAUAUACACCGACAAAUAAGAAGAAGAAAAAACGUUUGAGCACCCUCACGAAUAUGAGUGAAUCGUCGUCGUCGUCGUCUUGUGUUUGUUUGUGUGUUUUGUUUGUUUGUUGUGUCCUUCGAUGAUCAAUAAUAUGACAAUGUAAAAUUCGUAAUAGAUUCUUUAGAGAUUUGACAAAUUCAAAUGAAAUAAAAAAAAAUAGUUAUGAAUAUAGAAUUACUCGUGGGAAUUCGAUUCUAUCAUCAUUAUCGUCAUAUAAAAAGAAAAUAAUAAAUAUUCAAACAGAAUGCAACAAUCUCAUGCUCAAAAACAACAAUUUCAUCAUCAUCAUCAUCAUCAUCACAAUCAUCAUCAUCAUUCUUCUUCUAUUCAAACAUCAUCAUCAUCAAGUGUAUCGGAUUCUAUUGAUUCACAAUCAGAUUGUCAAUCAUCAAUUGAUUGUCCAGUUGAUUUAAGUAAAUUGAAUACUGUUGAACAACAACGUUCGGUCAUCUUUCCUCCAUCAUCAUCAUCAUCCACAUCCACAUCCACCACCAAUAUCAAUAAAGUUGAUACAAAUUCAUUAGAUACUAAUCAUCAUCAAUAUCAGUCGGCAACAACACCGAUCGUUAUGGAUCUAAGUGUGGCCAAUGUAAAUAAUAAUAAUGGCGAAAGCCAACAACAAUCAUCAACGACACCAACAGCAGCAUUAGAAUCUCAUUCUCGUCAUAUAAAAAAAGUGUUAAAACAUUAUCAAGCAGCAGCUACAUUAUCAUUAAAUGGACCAGAUUGGUUUCUUCCAAUCGUAUCAUCAUUUAGUGCUACAACAACCAAUGGCAAUAGUUCAAUGACGGCAUCUACAUCAUCACCAUCAUUACGAGUGAUUGAAGCAUCAUCAUCAUCAUCAUCGUCUUCAGUUGAUAAUGGAGCUUUGGAGCUUACCAAAACAUCAAAUUCGACUUUGAAUGUUGAUAACAAAGUUGGUACUGGAAAUGUGUCCACAACUCUCGAUUUACGCACAACAACAAAUUCAUCGACAACCAUGACUACAACUAAUAAACAAACGAUAUCACCAUAUUUGUCUACUAUUGGACAAUCCACUUGUAAGGCUCUUUCAACGAAUCGAUCAUCUUCGUCAUCAUCAUCAAUGAAAGAUCUGUUUGAUCCGUUAUUAGCGCCACCACCAUUUCCUAUACAACAACCGCCUUUAUUGACACCGCCAGAUCAAGGCCCAAGUCGUUCGGAAAGAUCUGAAACACGGCUUGAAGGUGAAUUUAUUGCCUGUUUUAUGGUCGGUGGUGAACGUCGUUUAUGUGUACCACAAAUAUUUAAUAUUGUAUUAAGAGAUUUUAGUCUACAACAAAUCAAUCAAGUGAUUGAAGAAUUACAGAUUAAUUGUUCAACCUGUACAAGAGAUCAAAUGGAAGUUUUAAAAUUAUCCGGUGAUAUACCACCAAUGGCUCCAAGUUGUGGUCUUAUAACUAAAACCGAUGCUCAUAGACUUUGUUCAACAUUAUUAGGAUCGGCUACCAGUGGUAGCGGCCCUGGUGGUGGUAAUAAUAAUAUUUCAUCGGGAAAAGCCGGGCUUGAUUUCCAUAAUACACCAUACAUUCUUGUAUAUCAUGAAUGUUUUGGCCGAUGUGUUGGUCGUUAUGCUCCUUCACUAUAUACACAUCAAUCGGCUCAAUGUAUCCAAUGUGAUGAAUGUAUGGCAUCAUUUGCGCCUUAUGCAUUUGUUUGUCAUUCACAUAAACCACGUGAAAAUCGUACUGUUCAUUGGGGUUUUGAUCCAACAAAUUGGCGUUCAUAUUUAUUACCAAUUGAAGAUCUAGCCAGUUAUGAAACAUCACCAUUAAUGGCUAUUUCAAAUAAUCUAUCCAUGUUAUUGGCUGAUUCAAAAAAUCUAAGUCAUUUAUUAUUAUUGGUGCAAAGUAGUAAAUCAACAUCGUCGUCAUCAUCAUCAUCAUCAUUGAUACCGCCAUGUUGUACGGGUGGAAGAAAAUCAUUGAAAUCAUCACAAUCAUCAAUGACGGCAGUAAUAGAUGCCUUAUAUCAAAGUAUUGGUGGUGGGAAAAAUAUCGAUAAUAUUCGAUCUAUAAUGAAAGAGAUGAAAUGUCGAUUCUCGAAACAAACAAUCUCAUCAUCAUCUACAUCAAAAUUAAAUUCAUCAUCAUCUCGUUUGAUGCAACCGUUGAUACAAAGCGGUAAUAAUCAUACAAAACGUAAAGAUAUGUUUGAUACACCGAUUCUAUCAUCAUCGUCAUCAAAAUCAUCUUCAUUGUUAAUGUCAUUGGAAUCUACAUUGAAUCAACAUCAACAACAAACAUCUAAUAAACGCAUUAAAUCGGAACCAUUGGAUCUACAUCAUCCUUCAUAUUCCAAUUGUAUUCAAGUUGGUGCAGCUAAUGCGGCUGCCGCUGCUGCUGCUGCUGCUGCUGAAGGUGUUGGUGGUAGCAAUUGUCAAUCAACAAAUAAUUUACAAACAAUGUCACCAUUUGUUUAUCCAUUUUUACAAUCAUAUCUAACUUCAGGUAUGAUGCCACCACCACCACAAUCGUUAACACAAAAACAAUUACCGUCCACAUCUUGUUCAAAUGAUGAAAAGCAACAAUUAGGCCAAAAAGAAUUUUUAAUGCAACAAAAACAGCCAACAACUAACACCACCACCAAUUAUCUGUCAGCAUUGUUAAACGGUGCUGCUGCUGCUGCUGCAGCAGCAGCCGCUGCAUCAGGAAAUUCAUCAUCAUCAUCAUCAUCAAUAACAAAUAAUUCAUCGAAUGCACUCAUUGCCAAUAUUUUGAAUACCAAAUCAUCGGAUUCAUCAGAUUCUUUGUCAUCAAUGCAGAAUAAAUUACAAUCGAAAGCAUUAUCAUCAUCAUUGUUCACAGCUAAUAAUAAUAAUAACGCCAAUCAUUUUUGUCAAUCAAAUCCAUUAGUUACUAUGAUGAUCAAUGGUGCUAAUAAUGCUGGCCGAUUAUAUAAUUCAUUCUAUGGUUCAUCUAAUGUCGAUUAUUCUUCAAUUGUUAAUCAGUCAUCUCGUAUGGCAUCUUCACAACCACCACAGCAACAACAAACAACAGCCAGUAGUAGUAGUAAUAGCCAUCCAAUUGAUCGAUUACUUGGUGAUUCAUUAUUAUUGGUCAAUCAACGCAAAGGAGAGCUGCUUGAUAUUAAUCCAUUGAAAAGUGAAUCUCAACGUUGUUCAACGUCACAAUCUCCUAAAGAAACAUUGACCGAUACAUUGAUUGGAGACAAUGUUCGAACGUCAUUGUCGUCGUCGUCGUCGUUGUUGUCGGCACCAAAGAAUCUAAAUUCAUCUAGUCAUCAACUAUAUGAAUCAACGGCGAUAAAAUCAUCAACAAACCAAAAGGAUAAUGAUGUCGAUAAUACUAGCCAACAAUCACACGGUGAUUUAUCUUGGCCAUUUGUUGCCGGUACAUCAGUUACACAUCAAAACAUGCAAUCAUCAGCAGCCAACAAUCAUCUAAAAUGGAAUCAAUGUGCAAAUAAAAAUUUAGCUGCACUAAUCUCACCAAACACAUUAAUGGAAGGUAAUCUAUACAAUACGAUACAUAUGUUACAAAAAAUGCGACAUUUAUGUUUCGAAUUGGGUAUGACCCCAAUUUAUUCGAGCCAUCAUCAUCAUCAUCAUCCACAUCAUCAUCGACGAAUCGAAAUUUUGUUUCCAAAGAAAAUGCUCAAUUAGAAGUGGAAACACGAAUACAGUUAUUGGGCCAAUUGAUCAAAGAUUCAUCGUUUGAUGCAUUGAAAAGAAAUCUAUCAAUGAUUGAAUAUCUGAUUGAUGAUAUUCUUGUACAUUUCAUUAAUAAUAAUCA